GCAGGGGGCGUGUUUUUCGGUUGCUAAUCCUGAGGUCAUCACGGUGCUGUGAUUGGUUCCUCCCCGGCUGCUGCGGAUGACAAGGUAGCGGGCUAAAGAGGUUGGGAAGGAGCCGGUAGGAGGCAGUACGUUAUGGCACGCCCCUGACAGUCAGUGAAGGAUGUCACUGUGUAGGAUUCACUUGAAGAAACUUGUUUGUCAAGCUGCAAAUCAAGGACUAUAUUCCUUUGAGAGACACCUUGGAUUUUAUAGCCAGUGGUUUAAGGUACGGAGUCCUCGACCAUGGAACCCUGUGGCAUGUGUGCAGACAGGAGAGCUGGUGGCUGGAAUAAGAUUGCACUGCACUGCUGAGCCCAAAGCACAGCCCAUUCGAAAGAAAAAAGAAAACCCCAAUGCUAAAAAGGUUAUCGGAAAUGUGGGACGGUUAAUCCCUUAUAACUAUAUUCAAAUGAUAAGUGAAAAUGGAGAAGACAUGGGAAAGAUGAGCAGAUGGAAGGCGAUAAAAAUCAUGGAAGAACGGGACCUCAAACUGGUGGUGUUUAGGGAAGAUGCAGAUCCUCCGAUGUACAGGCUGAUGACCGGCAAACAGAUCUUUGAAGAACAGACCAAGUUGCGGGAGAAGCAGAAACUCUCCUCUGGCCCCAGUUCUGUUCAGGUCAAGGAAAUGUCCUUCCUAGCCAGUAUUGAGAAACAUGAUUUAGAUAUAAAAAAGAAACAAUUGGCACAGUGGAUUGAAAAGAAAUAUCAUGUGCGAGUUACUGUCACCAAACGUCGUGCUGCAGAUGGGCCAGGAAAGGAGGAUGUUUUGCAGAAUUUACUGAAAUUCUUGCAGAAUCAGGCUACCUGCUCUUCAGAACCAAAAGAAAGGAAAGAUGGUCGGGCUGUGGUUUGUGUCCUACGUCCACUGUCGGCAAAGGAGCUACAAAAGCUGAAAAAAGACUUGGAACCUGAAAAUCGGAAAGAACAAAACACACCAAAGACAAAACUUGAACAGAGUCCAAAUACAGAGCUAACCAAUUCAUGAUAUCUUUCCAAGUUAUUACAUGUUGGUAUUCAAGUGAUUUACCUAAACAAUCAGAAUGUGUACAGAGUCAGAUGUACUUCCAAGGUUUUUAUUUGUUUAGAAGAUGAGCUUUUUUGGUGGAUGGACUUCUGUAAGCCUCUGGUAAAUUAAUUUCUCUGAGUUUUCUCAAUUAACUUGAUCUGCUCUUCAUCUAAAUAAUAAAAAAGAAAGUAUUUGUAAUAAAACAGCAUACAUAUAUUAA